CUCUCAUGCGAGUGUGUGAGUUGCCGAAGUUGGCGGAGUUGCCUGGCCCGCGUUCGCAUGUUGAUUUCGCUUGCAUCGAACUUCCUCAUUGUGCGUACGACGAGCCAGUUGAAAGCGCUUGCUGCGGGAACGCCUCACCGCUCCCGCAUCGAUAAAAGAAGCGUGAUCCUUCGGACGUGCUGUGUGGACUGCGUCGAAGCUUAGAAAUGUGCAACGUUCAGAGUGCGACGUUAUUUUUCGUUAUCGCCUGUUGCGUCUCGCCCGUAGUGUUUACAUCUGACUCUACCAAUGACUCUACACCUGCGGCAACGACAAAUCAAGUUCCAGCCAUGACAACUGAGUCUCCGGUGUCUACCACGAUAUCCCCGCAAACAGCGUGUGCUCAGAAGACAAACACGUCUUGUUCCGACUGCUUAGCAGCUGGCACUGGGUGUUACUACUGUUCUACUACAAGAAGAUGCGGCUUCUAUCCCUACAAGAGGCUAAUCCCAAGCCAUGAUGAGUGUGCCUACUUCUCAGAAGUAUACUGGGGCGUCUGCUUUAUUUCUCUGCAAGGCACCGUGAUUGCUAUCAGCGUGGUUGUCGGCACUUUGUUGCUGGCACUAGUGGUGUGCUGUUGCUGUUGCUGCCGCAAGCGCCAGAACAGCAAGUGGCUGCGCGACAUGGCUCGCAUGGAAGAAGAGCGGAGACAGCGUCAGGAACGCGCAGAUGAGCGACGAGCUGAGCGCAAGACGCGCAACGAUGACAUCCGACGCAAAUACGGCCUUGUCCGAGACGAGACCCCACCUUACACUCGUUUUGACCACUGAUUUUUUUCCUGCAAGCAGCAUAGCAUGAUGGAAUGGUCGUUGCAAUAUGAGCUCUAUCUUGGGCAGUCUGAUCUGCCACACAAACCGGCUAGCAUGCUAGAGUUGUAACAGCAAACAGCUCAGCCACAAAAGGUGCAGCUAUGGCACAUGCUUUCUCCAUGCAUAUUUGAAAUGCUGAUGUACAUUCAGCAAAUUGGAUGACAUAGUAACUCAACUCGCUGCUCCCUUGCUUCAACGAAGAUGAAGUUUAUUUCCUGAAGCGAGCAGUUUUAUGCACAUUUGGCGCAUUCGCGGCUGAAUACUAGAAAAGCAUGUGCACACAUGCACCUGGCUACAUUACAGCUACUGUUAUUUUGCAAUUUCAUUUUGUAGGGUACCUUUGUGGUUGCUUCAUCAUAUUCGUCAAUGAAGGCAACAAGAGAUUGAGAGGUUGUAAUAUUAGGUUAGAUGAAGAAGUGAAGAAAGGCUUAUAAGCUACCCUGUGCCUUACAUGUUUGUGACAGAAGGGCAGUGUGGCACAAACGACCUGUGGUGCGUGCUUUUUUAUGAUUAAAUGUACGCUGAUGAUAGUGCAAAUUUUUAAAACCUGCAGAGGCCUUGAUUACCUUCAGAUGAAAGCCCAAGAAUAGGGAGCAUGUCAUAUGUUCAACACCACUCUUAAUUUUUUUCUGCCUCUUGCAGCUAAAUUUUAAUUAUUAUAGGGUACUUAGUUUUGUUGUUGCACUCACGCAAACUUUGUGGAACUCUCAGGUGUAUAUUUCUUAUGCAUUGUUCAGCGUGUGGGGUUAUUACACAUUCCUAGGCACAGCGACCUUGUUACUGUGUGCUUCUACAAGUGCAGUCUUCCCUUUCUUAGAUUAAUAGAAUUUUCAAGGAGUUUUACUGCGUACAGCCUACAUACAGUGCCUUUUCUCUUAAUUGUUGCCAGUACUAUGUUAAUUUUUGUUUGGAAGUGCCUUGCAACCUACAUUUAACAUGACCCAUGCAUUCCAAAUGUAAAGAGUGUUUGGCAUGGCAGUUCCUGCUUAAUUAAAGUUUCUUGUUUUCACCAAAAUUUAUUGUUCUGUUCUGCUGCUUUUGUUUGUCAUUCCACAAUGUCUUUCUUUGUGUAGUUGCAAUGUGUCACUGAGUGGACCUUGAAUGUUUGUUGGGUUAAGGCUGCAUAAUGUUAGAUUUCUUGAAUGUAGUUGAAGCUGGCUAUACCAAGCCCUAGGAAGAAAAAGAAACAAAAAUUUUAUAUGGGCAAAGUUUUGUUUAACAUUGUUACAGAAUUUGAAUAAAGAACAGUAAAGGACUCAAGAAACUGUUUAUCAAAAGAAUGAAAUUUACAACAACAAAUGAACAAAGUAGGGGGGGGGGGGGGUACUCAUAUUCUGAGCAGCACAUUUUGUCUCUUUGAAUGGGCAGUUGUUUGUGGUGCAGGCAUCUGUGAAGUGAAUGUGGCUGCCCAGGCAGUUAUACGAGUUUUCUCAUUAUCAUAAUAACAGCAUUCAUUAUGGACCCAGAUAUGUAAUCUGUUGGUUUCAAUGUUGUUAUUGAUACAUACGAAAUACUUUAUUGUAUGCCCCUGUAUUUUAACGGGCUAAUCAAGAAGAUAACUGAGCACAAAUUAUCUUGAGGUGAAAGGAAUCUUUUUUUUUUUUUUGCCUGCUGAUCUCUGUGGAGCUAAAAAAAUGGCAUGGUGCUCUGUGGCCAUUUAUCACAUGUGUUCCAAAAGCUAUCACAUGGUGUACUGUGAUCUCUAUACAGGGUGCAUGUUUUGUUGAAUGCUAUGUGGACGGUGUGCACUGCAAGGGAUGUCUGCUUGUAAAUGUUUGCGUCACUACUUUGAUAGCAAGAUAAGCAGGGACAUGCACCCUGCUACAUACGAGAAGCAUUGAACUACAAUGACUUCUGUUUCAAAAACAAGAAGGGAGAGGGGGAUAAUUUGCUAGGCAUAAUAAAGGUCUUCCGUUAUUCUCA